AGAAAGAAAGAGAGGGGAAGAUGUAGCGCGCUAGCGACUCGCGUUCUCUCUUUCUCGCACAUACACACAUAUGCGUAGAACAGAGCCAGCCACGCAAACCGACACGGAUACGUAGAACUAUAGGUGCAUGCGCGCGUGUGUUCCGGGGCGGCCAUUCGAGUACCUUGCCUCUUCGUCGGUUUGCUUACAAAGUCUGCGAGUGAAAGCGCAAGAGCUGUUUCCGCCACAGUGUCGAGCGAGUGAGGCAGAGCUUGCGAGUGUGUAGUGCUCGUGGUCGUCGCGUGCGUAUAGCUUCAGAAAACUGUUGGUGCGCGCGUUCUGUGUUGGAAAAAACGAGAAGCGUGCUCGAGUUUAAGCUUACGUGUCUGGCUGGUUUGUAGAUCAGCAGAGGCUGCCGCCACCAACGCCGAGAAGGAAAGAGAGAGAAAGAGAGUGAGUGAGUGUGACACACGAGUGCACGAGAACGCGCCGACACCGUUGCAGCCUCAACCGGCCCGAUGGCUGACACGGACAAGCUCAACAUUGAUAAUAUUAUUGCGCGACUCUUAGAAGUCCGAGGAGCACGACCAGGCAAAAAUGUUCAGCUGACCGAAGGAGAAAUUCGAGGACUAUGCCUCAAGUCCCGUGAAAUUUUUCUAUCACAGCCCAUUCUGUUGGAACUUGAGGCACCAUUAAAGAUAUGCGGUGACAUUCAUGGACAAUAUUACGACCUGCUUAGACUGUUUGAAUAUGGUGGAUUCCCUCCAGAGAGUAAUUAUCUUUUCUUAGGUGAUUACGUAGACAGAGGAAAGCAGUCUUUAGAAACGAUUUGUCUUCUUCUUGCCUACAAGAUCAAGUACCCUGAGAAUUUCUUCCUGCUUAGAGGAAACCACGAAUGCGCUUCAAUCAACAGGAUAUAUGGUUUUUAUGAUGAAUGCAAGCGUCGCUACAACAUUAAACUGUGGAAAACGUUCACAGACUGCUUCAAUUGCUUGCCAGUGGCGGCGAUCGUAGAUGAGAAAAUCUUCUGUUGUCACGGUGGCCUCAGUCCUGAUCUGCAAAACAUGGAACAGAUUAGGCGCAUAAUGCGGCCCACCGAUGUGCCCGAUCAAGGCCUGCUCUGUGACCUUCUCUGGUCUGAUCCCGACAAGGACACUAUGGGCUGGGGCGAGAAUGAUCGUGGUGUAUCCUUCACUUUCGGUGCCGAAGUCGUUGCCAAAUUCCUUCACAAACACGAUUUUGACCUUAUUUGUCGCGCGCAUCAGGUGGUCGAAGAUGGCUACGAGUUCUUUGCCAAACGGCAACUAGUGACGCUGUUCUCGGCGCCCAACUACUGCGGCGAGUUCGACAAUGCCGGGGCGAUGAUGUCCGUGGACGAGACGUUGAUGUGCAGUUUCCAGAUUCUCAAGCCAGCCGACAAGAGGAAAUUCACGUAUGGUGGCCUCAAUGCUGGUCGACCAGUCACGCCGCCUCGUGGUGCCAACAACAAAAACAAAAAGAAGUGAAAUACCCAACUCUAUCUCGUUCGAACGCGACGCUUAGGAUCUUAAGACGUCUCUCUCUUUCUUUCUCUCUCUCUCUCUCUCUCUCUCUCUAUUCCUUCGACCAUCCCUCCUCCCCCUUACCUUUUCCCUUUUAUCCACCUAAAUCCUUCCUUUCUCACCAUCCAAGAUUCUUGGAUUCUCGUGAGAAAGAAUAAUUGCAAAUAUUAUUACGAGUAUAUUCGUGAACGAAGAAAAUGAAAGAAAAAUAAAAAAAGAGCAAAACAACCUACGCGAAGCCAUCCAUUAAAGCAAUGAUAGAACGCAGAAAUCACUUCUGGGGGACUUCAUUGUAUUUAAUUUAUAAUUAAUUUCUAACGCAUAACUACUGAAUAAAAGACGUCUGAAUUUUGUCUUUUGAAACUUUGGCAAAUAUUGACAUUUUUUAUUUUCGGAUUUGAUUUUUAUUCUUUUUCCUCUUUUUAAUGUAUGUAAUAAACGAGUAAGCGGAAUCAUGAUGAUGUCGACAUUUUUAACCAAAAACUUGUUUAUUUUCAUUCGCGUUCGAGUAGGUGGCCUUCAGAAUGCGCAAUGAUUGAUAUGUGACGAGCUUAUGCUCAAAAAAACGCAAAAGAGAAAAAGAGCUUAUAAGCUUGGAGGCUCUUGUAUAGUUGUUGUCUGUUCUAAAGUAGAGUAUCAGUUCAGGUUAGAUGAACAUUCAUUAAUUAUAUAGUGAGCUUAAGAAAAAAUAAUUAAAUUGUAAAAUGAGUGUUUAAAUUGUAAAUUUUUUUUUCAGAGAUACGUAAAAUCAAAUUAUAUUUUGAAAUUUGCUUGGAAGUAAGAAAAGCAAGGUGCUCUUUUUUACACAUACGACGGCUGUUUCUUGAUUUUCUUAUUUGUAUUUUUUAUUAUACGGAUAGCGUUUCAAAGAAAAAAAAGACGUAGAUAUCAUUGUACCGGCUCUGAAUAUCACCUGCCCAAGACCUUAUUGUUUCAUCUACUCAUACUUCCAGGAGAGACAAAGAAAAAUUCCGCAGCGACGGUCACACAGCACAUGUACUCAUGGUAACCGACCAGGUCUGUGUACGCGACCAAACAAUAAGCGCGUGCUCAUGAUGCAACGAUGCGCCUGUUACAUUUUUCGUUUGUAAUCGAUAUAUGCGUGUGUAGAUGUGCUAUUGAAGAAAAAGAAUGACGACUGAAAUGCCACUUUCUCAAAUUUCUGUAAUAUCUUUUUUUUUGUAAAGCAACUCGUCGGUUAGUUUGGUGAAAAUUUAUCGUAGUUAAUAAUAAUCGGUGUAUUGAAAAAAUUGAUACUUUCUUUUUGUAAUACGAGAUGUUUCAAAUCAUAUUAAAGUAAAAGUUUAUAUUAGAAAAAAAUUGAAUAUUAUUAUAUUAUGAUCACAAAUCAGCAUUUGCGUCUAAAAUAUGAUUCAUAAUGUGAUAUGUAUGUCGUCGAGUCAAGGCUAAAUCUGUUCAAAAUAGUUUCGAGCAACGCCAGAUAAGGCAAACGACUAAUUAAUAGAUAAUAGUUUCAUUUGUUAAUUAUUUGAAUGUGCUUUGCCGAUAUGCUCGUCGAGAAUGCGUUUUUACAAUUAAAAAAAUAGUUUAUGACAGAAAAUCUCUCAAUUUUUCUCGUCACGUUCAGACGUAAUCUUUCAAUAUACCUUAAGUUAAUUAAAUGAUUAUCGAGUGUAACAAGAAAAAUGAAGUUGAAUUAUCUGCAAUAAACUAUUUUUAUUGCGCAUGAGGUACAAAAAUACGAAUCAAGAAUUCAACCAUAAACAUAGGAAAUUAUACAAAAAAUAAAAAAAUCCAAUAAUUUGCAUGGGCAGACAUACAAUCAUUACUAUUUCAUUGAAAAAAUCAAUACAAAUCAUUAUAAAUAUAUACAUUUAUUUCAGUUUUUCAUCAAUCCGUCAUGGAAGGUCAAUGUCGUUCGCCAUCCAAAAGUUAUGAUUGUUCAUUCCUAUUGUCGUUUAUAAUUUUAUAAUUUUCUUUUCUAAAUGAUGAACAAAAGUCCAUCUUCCUCCGAAAAAUGAACAAAGAACAUGGUCACUUGCGUUUUUCUCAUGCACUAUAGACGUAGUAAUCCCAUUAUCACUGACGGCGUUGUAUUGACAAAUUAAAAGAUAAAUUAUGAUCAGCCAGCAACGACUUUAUUAUAGUGAUUUCUACGAAAAAAAGCAAAUAAUCUGAUAAAACUAAUUUAAUCGCGUUCCCAAUCAUUGUACAUUUCUUUUUUUUCUAAAUAAAAUCUCACCUGAUAUCUUA